GGGUGUUUGGCAAUGUGUUUGGAGUUUAAAGGAAAGAACGUAUUGGAUGUGUUUAAUAACUGGAAAAAGAAGUACGGAAAUGUUUACGGGUUUUACGAAGGCUUCCGACCAGGAAUAGUUCUGAACGAUGCCGACUUUGCAAGAGAUAUCCUUAGUAGACAUUUUGAAAAAUUUCAUAUCCGCACUAGUUAUCGCCCCUUCAUGUAUUAUCCUGACAAUCUGCGACUGAUUGACAUCGAAGGCGAGCACUGGAAAUACCAACGAGCGGUUUUGAACAAAAUUUUGAAUUCAAAGGGAACCAUAAAAAGAGUCGGGGAAAAGAUGCAAACUACAUCAGACAAUAUGAUUGAACUGAUUUCAGAGGAAUUAAAAACAUCCGUAGAAGCAGUGAACAUUUCUCGGUUAGUAAACAACUAUGUUUGUGAAGGCGUUAUCCGAAUUCUGUUAGAUAUGGACGACGAUCAGAUGACAAAACACAAAGAAGCUAUUUAUAACUAUAAAGUCUGCAGUAAUUGGUCGGCAUCAGCAGAAAACGAAGCUGGGGGGCUAGCUAGGUUAUUUCCAUCUCUUACUCCACUUCUACAACUGACAGAUACAGCCCAUAAAGUAUCCCAUGAAAAAGUCGUAGAUAUUCUUAGAGAAUACCUUACAAGUACAGUUGACGGUCAGAACAACAAUAAAUUAAAUGACGAUGACCACGAAAGUUUGCUAUCAUAUCUCCUUUCUUCCAAAGUCCUAUUUCGGGAUAUUGACGGAAGCCUCGGCCGCCGGGGCUUGACUAUCGACGAGACAAUUGCUCAUAUAUUGUCACUAUUGAGCGAGAUUUACUCCACGACGACGGCGAUUAUACAGUUCAUCCUUUAUGAACUUGCCUGCAAUCAGGAUUGCCAAGAAAAACUUUACGACGAAAUCUGCAGCUUUUGCGGAAAGGAUGGAAAUAUCCCACUGACAUCAUUUCAAGACAUGGAAUACUUUGACAUGUUCUUCAACGAGACAUACCGACAUCAUCCCAUUGCUCCAGGGGUUUCCCGUGUCUGUACUGAAAGUUGUAAAAUUCGGGGCGUGACAUUCAAGGAGGGCAUGGUAGUCCGAGUGAUGACGAGUCCAAUGUAUAUGGACGAGAACUUAUUUGAACAUCCUGAAAAAUUCAUUCCGGAAAGAUUCUCAAAAGAAAACCGACUCGACAGUCAUCAAUACAGCUUUCUUCCUUUUGGUCAGGGUCCAAGAAUGUGCCCGGGUCAACAUUUAGCCAAGAUACAAGUCAAAACAGCAAUAAUCAACAUUUUGAGAAAGUACACACUAAUGCCAUGCAAAAAUACAGAGAUUCCAAUAAAAGAAGCUUUGCGGCCAUCACUGACCCCUGCCAAUGCAGUUUGGCUUCAAAUGACCAGACGACGACAAUAAAUUUAUAUCAAAUGUUGACAGCAACAACAAUUACAUUUCAAUAGAAUACGCCCAGGAUCUUUAACUUAGGUUUUCGAUUCUUGGCAUGAUUCUUUGUUGAGGUUUUCGUAAAAGCCCGAGGAUUCCGAUCUGCAAAAGAUAGUUCAAAAUAACUGAAAAAAUUAGUGUUGUCUUUUGUGACGCAAAGAAUCGUUGACGUGACGUCAUUUUAUGUGUCAUCAUCUAGCGUGACGUUUAUUAAUGACUAAGCGCGUGUGUUAACGGAUGACUUCUUCGUUGUGUAGUAAACUGCAUCAAAUUGUGAAAACUGUUAAAUGUGUAAAUCUGUGAUAUUAAAUAGCUUCUAUAUAAUUUAUUCAAAAUGUUGAUUUUAUCAAAUGGCAUAUAUUUGUUUAUCAAUAUGAAUAUUGUUUUGAUAAGUUUGUGACAUCUAGUUUUGAAAUAAAACUGUAAAAACAACUUA